CUUUGCUGUCACAUAGUGUCAUGUCAUGUCAUACGUACAAUAUUAUGACAUUUUUGUAAUGUUUAUUUUUCGCUAUUUUUUAUUGUAUGUUUAUUAAUACAGUCAAUCAAUCUACAUAGAUCUAUUUCAGGAUGAAAUGCAAUGAAUUUGAAAAAAGUAAAUCUCGCCACAUGAACCUGGACAACUUGGACAAAGCGUUACAUGAUUUAGGAAUGUUGAGUGCAAUAACAGAAGCUCGCCGGGAUUAUUUAAGAGAGUCAAAAGCAAAUUUUGGAGUGAUGCGAUUCAACACGCGCUACGUAUCCAACGUCACCGUAGGAUAUUGUAUGAAAAGAGCAACAAACAAAAACAGACUCUGCCCUUAUGUUUUGCCCGUCAGACAUAGAACUAAGAGUGAAAACUCAGAUGCGAUCAUUAGUGACGUGACCGACGCUGGAUGCGAAUACAAAAACAGUUUGUUGGAACCGUCCACAAGUGGAUAUGGCGCUCACGAGUGCGCCAAAAGCCCAGCAAAACGCUGCCAGUCGCUAGAAAAUCUCAAUCUGUUAGUAGAAUCCCAAUCUGGCUCAGAAAUAUCACCAGAAAUGGACUGUGUGUCAACUCGCAUCCAGAAACUACAAGUUGAUGAAUGACAUACCCACAUCACAACUCGGUCUAGCGUUGUGGCACCAAUGAAUGAUGCCAUCACAGAGUGAUGGAUUGAUAGAAUGUAGUUGUAGUAUUGAAGUGAUUUACUGGAUGUUGGUUGUAUAUUUUUCAGUGUAUUUGUACAUGUGAAUGAGUGCCCCCUUAUUGAUUUUUACAAAACACACUGGACUGUCUGUAAAUAUUGUUUUAAAAUGUUUUAUUUACAUAACCCUGUACUGGUAUAAUGUCAUAAUGUAAAAGUCUAUUGUUUGUCAAUAAUUUAUAUAUUUGUAUGUAAGAGCUUCUUAAUUGUGACCAGUGUCCUAAUAUGAAAAGAUUUUAAUUAUAUUUCUUGUGGUUGUAGUUAAAAUAUGAAUGUUGUAGAUUAUUAUUUAUUAUUACUGCUGGCUUUACAAACAGUGCAAUAUAAAACAUAAUUGUAAGGGGGAGCAUGUAGAUUUAUUUUAUGUCUGUAGUUCUGUGUGAUUUUAUAAUUUUGCAUGUAUGACAGCCCUCAGUGGCCUGCAAAUCUAUGUGUAGCUAUUGUCCUUAAAUAUUUAAGUAUGCAAAUUGCUCAAAAUUCUUAAUGGGUACAAAUCGUGGAUAUAAUACUGAUUGUUUUAUGUCUACAAUUUACAUUGUUCAAGGUUUGUUAAAGCGGCAGUUUUAAAUUAUUUUUAUAGUUACCUAAACUAAAUACCACCUAAGAAUUUGUUGAGAACAAAUUAUUUUGUUUUGUCUAAGUCACAGAUGCACUUUAGUACAAGAUAUUUAUAUAUGUACAUAAAUUGUCUAAUAAUAUGGUUUACAUUUAGUACAGCUCUUCAAAUAAAAAAAAGGAAUUUUAACAAUACUAAUAGUACAAUUAAACAAACAAUCCUUUUGUUAUUGCAAAUAUAAAAUGUAAAAAAUCAGGCUAAAAAGCUGUGAAACACAAUUUCAUGAUUAUUUUUCUAUUCAAUUCUAUACACAGUUUAUAUGUUGUGUCCUAUAAGAACUCGUAUGGAAUACAUACUAAAUAUGUUUUUUUUUUUAAGUGGAUUAUAUAAAUUUAUUACCUAAAUAAUGUAAAGCACUUUUUUUGUAAUUCAUAAGGAUAUUUAUUAAAUUAUUUUCAAGUAUAUCCAAUAUAGUAUUACUAAACUAAGGUUCUAUAAUUAAACAUUACACAUUAUUAAGACUGUAAGAUGGAUCUCAUGUCAUUCUCUCAUAAUUAAUUGGAAAUGUGUACAUCUAAAUGUUUAAUGAAGGGCAAUGUGUUCCAUAGUGUAAUUUUUGCUUUUGUGACUUAGCCAUAGAUACAUAUGUUUGUUAACAUAUUUUGUUAUUUUUUUCUUAUUUAAUAACAAAUAUUUUAAAUAAAUAUUGCUUUAAUUUAUUCUA